GGAAGUGGAGCUCAAGGAAAGCCAGGAACUCAAAGGAACUCUGCUGCUGAUCGAAAUCUCUAUGAAUUGGGAUUUUCAUUUUGCAGGAACAUUUUUCUUUCGAGUUUAGGGUCACCAAAUCGUAUCGUUUGCUAAAUUUUGAGCUAAAUCAUGCUAAUUCCCUAGAGCAAUAAUUUACAUAUUUCUUUACUUCUUCCACGCAUUUCCGAUGCACGGCGAUCAGUGAGCGGCGCCACCGAGCAGUGCUGCUGGCUGGGCAGGACGGGGACCGGGCCGCACCAGGAUGGCUGACCGGGUGGAGCCGCGCCACGAACACCGGCACGCGCACGGCAUGUCAGCGGACAAAGUGCGCUCUUACAUCCACCAGCUGUACGGCGGCGAGCGGCCUGAGCGGGCCGAGCGCCAGCGCCACUCGGCGCCCACCGUCUCGGACCCGGUGCGCGCCCGAGAGGCGGCCGCCUCAGCCAGCCGCGCCAGCCGCCUCUCCGAGCAGCGGCCCUUCUGGCACACCAGCCUGGCCAAGGCGCGCCAGCUCAGCCGCGAGUCGGCGCCGCCGGCCGAGGUGCUCGACCGCGCCAUCGCCGACAAACUGGAGACGCUGACCAAGGCCAAGGCGAGCGACAGCGUCCAGGAGCUCACGGUGCGGAAUGUGGCGCGACACGACAAACGCGUGGCGCGGCCGGUCAGCAGCCGGGAGCGUCAGCAGCGUAUCGCCAGCUGGCUGCAGCAGGUGGAGCGGGCGCUGGGCGAGCGGCGGAGGCUAGCCGUAGCCUCUCCCCAGGCCCCGCUCUGUGCCGAGCUGCCGCUGCCGCUGACCGGCGCCGAGCCGCGCGGCAGGACGGCUGAGGGGGCCGAGAGGAGGCCCGCCCGCCGACCGUGACCUCAGCCUUCAGGAGUACCGGAGGAUGGGACGAAAAUCCGUAACGUGGCUUGUACUCAUGUUUCGUAAGACGCCAAAUAAAGCGUAUUUUUAUGCAAAA